AUGGAUAUUGACUCAGAACCAACUACUAGAAGUCAACAGGCUAAUGAACAUCCACCUAAUGCAUACCAAGAAGAAAAUCAAAUUGGUCAAAUCAUCCCAACAAAAUAUGCAGAAGAAACCAUCAUCAUAGUAAAUGCAACCAAAAUAUAUAUCACCAAUGCGGAAAGCAAGGACACCACCAAUUUAACUGCGAAAAAACCCAAUGUAACUAUUGUUACGAAUAUGGACACAUUGAAACAUUCUGUCAAGAAAAAAACUUAUGGGACGAAAACCAGAAACAAACCUGUGGAU